CCCUUUUAUUAUACAGUGACCGUGUAUAGACAUGAAAGGGGUAGAGUGCUGGGGGACAACAUGCAGCAAAGGGCAGCAGGUCGGAUUCAAACCCGUGCCACUGCAGGACUCCGCCAACAUGGGGCGAACGCCCCUUGUUUUUCUUUAAUGGUCUUUUUGUUCUGUGAUAGUUGGCUGGGAUGAUAGGAAUGGAAUAGUUUUUUGUCUGAUUUCAAAUACCAUAUGUACACAUGCUGGAACAGCAUUAUAUGCAAAGCAAUUUUUAGGCUGCUUUGUUUAAAAAAAAAAAAAAAAUAUUAACAUUGGUUUUAAAAGCAAAUACAAAUUUCAUUUCAUAUGUACACACUUUAAAUGUAUUUUUUUUUGUGGCACUCAAUUUUCACAGCAUUAACACUGUAUAGUGUGGUUUUUGUUCAUUUUUAUCACCUUGCAGUUUUUCUGCGCACAUAUACAGGCUCAAAACAGUCCGUUCUCUUCUGGAUAUGUCAGUCUGCUCAGAUCUGUGGCAGAAAGGUAGAGUAGACAAUAGGAGGAAAGCUGGCGAUGUAAUUUAAUGUCCAAGGUAGACGGAUAAACAAUGUGCUACCUUACAGAAACAUCUCCUUCCCCCAUACCUCCUACUCCUCCCCCUUCUGUCCUCAUGAAUAUUGGGGAAUUAAUGCGCGGUGGGAGAGAGAGAGGGAGGGAGGGAGGAGGCAGGGACAAAGGCAGAAAGAGAGGGUAGUGAGCUGCUGUCGUCAGAGGCCUGGCAGUGCGCAGGCUCUGUGCGAGCUGGGCUGGCUGCCUAUUGAUUGGAAAACAACGGGCUGUGGGAGGACGGAGUCGGGCGGCUGUGGGCUAACGGGUGAGGGAAGGGACACAGACCAGAGCGCAAAGCACGCUGCCAUCUUCACCUCCCUGAUUCUGUUUUUCUCUCUUUCCCCCUGGAAUGAGUGUGACGGCUGCGGCUCAUCGGUGGCUUUCGCAGCAGAGGGAGGCUUAGGCACAGACUCUUCCUCGUCUGAGAAGAUCCGUCCUACACACUGAGCCAUAACAACAGCGGCACGUCUACUGCAGGUAUACCAUGGAAGCCCCUCUUGUGUGUUUGGAUGAGGAGUUUGAGGACCUCCGGCCCUGCCGCAUAGAUGAGCUGGACCACCCAGUGCUCAAACACUCUUACUCCACCACCACCGCCCCCCUGGCCUCCAUCACCCGCGAGGACUUCUCUGAGCUGGAGAACUUCUCCGAGAUGAUGAGCUUCAAGUCGAUGGAGGACCUGGUCAACGAGUUUGACGAGAAGCUCAACGUUUGCUUCCAUAAUUACAACACCAAGACGGAGGGCCUGGCGCCCAUACGCAACCAGUCCCACAGCCAGGAGGAAGAGGAGAGGCUGCAGGACGAAGAUGUGUGGGAUGCUCUAACUGACAACUACAUCUCCACCUGGGACGGCACCGACUCAGAGGGACUCAACGGCAAUCUUUCUGACCAGGAGAUCCACGAAAAAGAGGAUGAGGAGAUGAAUGAGAAGAAUGACAACGCCAACUGCCUGAAGGACGAGCCUCUCAUCACAGCUGAUCAGGUCAUUGAGGAGAUAGUCGAGAUGAUGGAGAACUCUCCAGAUCCCGGCGAAACGGAGGAGGAGGAGGAUGAAGAGGAGAGCAGCCCUUGCUCCAUGGCCAACCCCUCCCUGCUGGAGGAGAUCAGGCAGCUGUCGCAGGCCUCCAACAACAACUGCUCCUACGAAGGCCUGAGCCUGAUGCCCAGCUCUGCUCUGGUGGAGCUGCUGGACCGGGUGGAGGCGGCCAUCCGCCAGUACUCAGAGGAGCUGGUCAGCCAGCUGGCUCGGCGGGAGGAGCUAGAGUUUGAGAAAGAGGUGAAGAACACGUUCAUCACGGCCCUGAUGGAGGUGCAGAACAGGCAGAAGGAGCAACGGGACAGCAGCAAACGCCGCCGCCGGGACAAGGCCCUGAGCCUGCAGGGGGGGGCGACGCCACCUGUGAACGGAGGGAACACAGCCUCCACGGGCCACACGGAGAAGACAGGGAGCAUGCCUGUCAAGCGUUUCAGCAUGGAGGGACUGUCUAACAUCCUGCAGACCGGCAUCAGGCAGACAUUUGGAAGCACAGGGAAUGAGAAACAGUAUCUAAACACAGUUAUUCCAUAUGAGAAGAAAGGCACCCCUCCAUCUGUUGACGACCUGCAGAUGCUCACAAAAAUUCUUUAUGCCAUGAAGGAGGACAGUGAGAAGGUGCCUACACUGCUAACUGACUACAUAUUGAAAGUCCUGUGUCCUACCUAAAGCUCCCCCCUAGGCCGGAGGCCACAGUGUGUUGGAGGAUCUUUCCAAACCUCCUCUGGCCCGAGCUGCAUGACCCCCCGAC